GCUCCAUCAGCAGCAGUUUACACACAUCUCUGCACACUGACAGCAGCACCCCACCAAGCACAAUGACGACAGCUUUACAAAUAGACCCUCCUCUUUACUCCUACCUCACACCAGACGGUCCCCCUGUUUACGACAACCCAGUAGAUCCUCCCUUACACCCUCCUAAAUGUCCUCCCUUACAGCCUCCCCUACACCCACCGCAGAGCGCCUCCACUGCCUUGCCAGUGUACACCAGCGGAGGAGGCACACUUGGAUCAAGUGCCAAACCUGGAGCUGCCAGAGCGACCUUUGUAAUCGACCAACGUGAGCUGGGGCGCGAACCCGCCAUGACGACGUGCACCCACUGCCAGCAGCAGGUCAUGACCAACAUCUCAUUCAAAGCAGGACAGUUUGCCUGGAUAAUCUGCACAAUGAUCAUCGUCUUCGGGCUACUCAUGUGCCUCGUCCCCAUGGUGCUGCUUCCAAUUCCUUUCUGCGCAAAAAGGUGCAAGGAUGUGCACCACACAUGCCCCCUCUGCGACAGAGUGCUGCACGUUUCACAGAGACGAUGCUGUGAAGAACCAUGACGGCAGAGGUGGAGUCACAGAAAUGAGAAAUAACAUCCCAUUACUUUUGUCUUAUACAAGACACUUAAAAUACAAUGCGCCAAAUUCUUUGAAUAUUUAAAAUCCUUCUUUGGUUGUCUCUGUGCCAGGCUAACAUCUGCAGGUAGUUUACUGUGAAAUACUUGUAUUUUUUGAUCUAGCUCGUUGAAAAUAAUCUUCCUUUUUCCUGAUACAAUAUCAGUGUAUACGUCUCCUGGAUAAAACUGAGUAUGCUUGGACUUGUUUUUUUUACUAUUUCAUGACAUUAUUUUCCCAAUAAAAGUAGACUAUAUGUAUGAUUUA